CUGGUCUCUCUAUCAGCGUCCAGAAGAUUUCUGUCCAACCAGAGGCUCCUGUACUGGUUCAAAACCCCACCCUGUGCCCUGCUCUUGCUCUGCCCAGCAACGAGGUCAAAGGUCAAACACUUGUUCCUUUUUUGGAAGGUGAUGCAAGUGACCUUGUGACCUCGAAAGAAAAUGAUCCAUCUGCAUCAUCAGGGACAUAUUUAAUAGAACUGUUGGAUAUUUUUACGACUUUUGACUCAGAAAGAAGAGGACCCGAUUGAGAACAUGGCCUCCCUUCAAAAUGAGCGCAACAUCCGCGCAAAGAUCCAGGAAUUUGAGAGACAGAUAAACACUGAUGAGAUCAGCAUCCUGACUCCUCGACCCCGAAACACAGCGCGGCCAGCCGUGGCCCCGAAAACCUCCAUGAAUCAGAGAGCCUCCAUCAGAAGCACCACAAAAGAAGAAACAAGCACACAGACCUGUCCAGAUAAUAUCUACGAGGAGAUUAUUAGUCCAAACAGCAGUCCAGCACCUCCAGCUCCAACCCUGAGACCACAGAUACCUAAAAAACCCUCGAUGAACUCUAGUGAUCAGUUUAAACCCCCACCUCUGAUUAAACCUCCUCCUCAGUUACCGUCUCGACCCUCACUGCGCAGGUCUACUGCUCUGAGCUCCCAGGACGAGGACAUGGUUUUCAACACUCCCCGUACAGCACACAACGGCCAGCGCAACGUCAACCAUCACAGCAGCACCAAAGAGAACGUAUACGUGGAUGAUCCAGUUAGUGUCUCCAACCUGAACCUGAACCGUAGAGCCACUGUCCCCAACGUAGUGACUCGGAAACCAACCAUCAUCAGAGUUCCCAGCAAACAGGAACAGGAAGUGUCUGAUAGUUUCCCUCCUGCACUUCCUGUUCAGAGAGCGACAGGAGGCUUUCCACCCUCCCACAGACUCAAGGACUCUUUCAGUAGCACGUGUGAUCCAGUUCUGCCGCCACGGCCUGGUGGGGGUACAACGCUUCCCCGUCGUCCCCCUCCUGCUAAACCUUCCCCAGGACGUCCUCCUCCGCCACGGAGAGACAGCGUCAUGCGUAACUCCACAAUCCAGUCACAACACUCCAACAAUCCGAGGCGUAAUCCGUCUAAGAAAGCACCUGUGCCUCCUCCAAGACCUAAUCCAGGACAUCGCCUCUACACCAAAUACAUGCUGGAAAUCCCUCAUGGCAUCGCUGAGCACGACUACAAUGGCAAACACACUGGAGAGCUCUCCUUUCAGAAAAAUGAAGUGCUGGUUCUGUUAAACCAAACAGACAGCCAAACAUUUGAGUGCCAAAUCGGAGAUGCAAAAGGAACAGUACAGAACUCUUAUGUGAAGAUCAUCACACCACUAUCAAGCUCCUCAUAUCAUGACGCCAAUCCAGUGCCGCAGGAGAGCACUUCACGUCAGGCAUCUGCCAAUUCAGCGGAAAACAGCACUCUGCAGGUUCAAGCACUUUAUGACUUCACUCCAGAGAGUUCUGAAGAGCUCAGGCUGAAAGCCGGUGACAUCAUUAAUAACGUAGAGAAGAUAGACGGUGAGUGGUAUUUGGGAACGUCCAGAGGGAUCACGGGAUUCUUCCCCAUCAACUACGUCAAAACUCUGUCCAGACAGCCUGCGCCUGCACCUGCGCCUGCACGUGCACCUGCUACACCUCAGAAAGUCAGUGGUCCACGAUGUGUGGCGAGGUUUGACUUCGAGGGCGAGCACAGCGAUGAGCUCUCGUUUACCGAAGGCCAAGUGAUCAGACUCCUGCAGUACAUCGGACAGGACUGGGCUCGUGGCGAGAUUGGCAGCCGUGUUGGAAUUUUCCCCCUCACUUUUGUGGAAGUGAUUGAGGAUCUUCCACCUUCACCUGCAAAGAACCAGACCAGAGUUCCUCUGCCUGGCAUGGCUGCAUCAAACAACACACACGCUGCUGCUUCAACACAUAAUCAGGCAUGUGGAGUGGAGCGGGUCAAGGCUCUGUAUGACUUCAUGGCACAGACAGAUGGUGAUCUGUCGUUCCUGAGAGGGGACGUGAUCGAAGUGAUCGAACACACUGAUGAGCAAUGGAGUCGCGGCAGACUGAAUGGAAGAGAGGGGUUCUUCCCUACAUCCUACACACAGACACACACAGGUGGUUCCUCACGCCGCUAACCGGUGGAGCAGACGCAGGGAAAUAAAAACAUGGAUGAACAAACACAAGCAGCGUGGACUUUCACACACAACCUGGAGUUGUUUCGAAAGAUGAACUUUAUUUGAAAUUGUCCUGUACAGAAUUUUCUGGAUCUUUCCUUUGGUGAAACUGAACUGUGUUAAUGUAUCGUGGGGGUGUAAUAUUUAUACACGCGAGUUUGUUUUCCUUUCAUUGUUUCAGUUUACAAAAAAAAAAACACAAGUAAGAAGUGUGUAUGGCAUCUUAUUCAUUUACUGAAUACAUUCUGCUUUUAGUUUUAAGAGAAUUUGAUUUGAAAUCAAAAAAAUUUAUAUCAAAUGAUAGUAACGUGUUCAUUUUUACAGUAUUCAUGCCUGGACUUCAGUCCGAUGCGUACUGGAGUAUUACCGUGGUAUUUAAUAUUGUACAUUCGAUGUUGAAUAUUCAACCAUUUUGCCUUCAGAUGCAAAAUAAAGAAUUAAUGCAACAUUUA